AUGUCGCUGGACUCCCUGUUAGAAAAGGUGCCGCGUCCGAGUGAGUUCGAUCCCUGUGACUAUGAAGCACUCAGGGAGUACUUUCCGCCGCCGUUGAAGGACCAGGAGAGGCUGCCGCUCAGUCUUGAGGAGCACAGCGAAAAGGCUUUUCGCAAGCUCCACGAAACGGGUCUGCCAACGCUUCAGCGCGCUGAUGAGCACGUCCGACGCCGAGCAGAGGAUUGGUUCGAGCGAGUGACUCAAUAUGCUGCAAAGCAGAAGGCCGCUGAUCAGGUACUGGACCUGCAGACGCUGCGCUUCCGCCUUACGCGGUAUUCUACACUUAAGGGCUGUGGUUGCAAGGUUCCUCAAAGUGAGUUGCUCGAGUGGAUGACCGCAACCAAGAACCUCUUGCGUUCACCAAUGAAGAGCUUUUCCAGACCUGGCGGCUUGAUGAGUACAAGCAACACAGAGUCGAGCACGCCAGGAGACGUCUCCGUGGAACUCGGGGUUGGCAUGGACGCCUCCGUGGUACGCUUGACCCAGCUCUCCAGCAGACAACAGAGCACGGAGAAAGACGCCGAGAAUGCGCCCUCCUUCGGCACCCAGCCGCUAUAUCUGAUCAGCACUACGGACUUCUUUUUCCCACUGGUUGAAGAUCCGUAUCUCAUGGGACGCAUUGCAGCCGCGAAUGUGCUGUCCGAUGCGUACGCUCUGGGUAUCCGAACACCACCGAGUACCAUGCUGAUGCUCGUGUGUGCGGCAACAGAGAUUGAGCCUCCAGCGCUUCGAGCUGGCGUAACACAGACCAUGAUGGCGGGAUUCAUUGAUGCCUGCCACGAGGCUGGUACUCAAGUCACAGGAGGUCAGACGACGCUGAAUCCGUGGCCGCUCAUCGGAGGUGUUGCCGAAGUCGUCCUCCCUCGAGGCGAGUUUCUAAUGCCGGAUGCAGCGCAGCCGGGCGACACCAUUGUGCUUACGAAACCCCUCGGAACGCAGGUAGCCAUCAAUCUCUACCAGUGGCUCGGACAAAUGGAGGAUGCUCACUACUUGCAUCUUCUGGAGAGUCUAGAGACCACACAGCAGCAGGAGUAUGGCCCCGAAGACACCCGUCGAAGCGUUCAUGGGCAGUUCGUGCCGCCUUCAGAGGAAACGCAUGCUCGCGACAUCCCGGGACCGGGUCCUGCACAUACAACUCAUGAUGCUCGUUUGUCUCGAGCGUUGUCGAGCAGCAUUCUCGAACAACUACCACCCGCUGCCCGCAAGACGCUCGCUCAAGGUCGCCAAGCGCGCGUCCACUACUCGAAAAUCGAACAAGUGCUGACCCCAGCGGAUAUCUGUCGUGCCUACGAUGUGGCUUGUCUUAGUAUGGCCCAUCUCAACGCAAGAGCUGCCCAGCUGCUUUUAGAAAGUGGUGCUGCGCACGCCGUCACUGACAUAACCGGUUUCGGGAUUCUGGGGCACGCCCAAAAUCUAGCGCGAAACCAGAAAGCUCCCGUGGACAUGGAGAUUGAUGUACUUCCGAUCAUUCGGGGUAUGACGAGCGCAGAUCGUGCAUUGCAAGGUGGAAAAAUGUUCCGACUUCUGGAGGGCUUCUCUGCGGAGACCAGCGGCGGUCUACUCAUUUGCUUCGGUGCAUCCAGCACAGAGCGGAGCAGCCAAGUCGUCGCCCGGCAGUUUUGCGAAAAACUGGCCACGGUAGACGAUCACUGGCCGGCAUGGAUUGUAGGCAGAGUGGUCCCGGGAAGCCGCGAGGCUAGAAUCCUCGAUCACGUGAAAAUUUUAGAAGUUUAA